AUGUCACGAACAGACAAGAGGAAGUUGUUGGUUAUAGGAAAAAGCACUAAGCCUCGCUGUUUUAAAGGACUUAGGAUGGAGAGUUUACCAGUUGUGUAUCAUGCGAACAGAAAUGCGUGGAUGACCUCUGAACUUUUUAAAGAAUGGCUGAGGGAUUGGGACAGAGAGCUACAAUGCCAGUCGAGAAAAGUGCUGCUUCUUCUUGACAAUUGUGCAGCAUAUCCUCAUUUAGAUUGUUUUAUGAAUGUCCAACUGAAAUUUCUACCUCCCAGGACCACAGCUUUGGUCCAGCGAAUGGACAUGGGCAUCAUAAAAAAUUUGAAGACUCUUUAUCGUACAAGGUUGGUUAAUUACAGCCUUGAAGCGAUUGAAGAAAGUUUGCUGACCUCAUCGUCAAAAGCCAGUGCAAAGGUCAAUAUCUUACAAGCAGUUACAAUUUAUGGCCAACAGUUGGCGAAAAGUGAACAGUGA